AUGUUGGUGAAAGUGACUUUCCCCUCGCUUUUCAGCGCUUAUGACACCAGCUGUAUACGAACGUAUACGACCGAACGCCCCGUGAACGCAGCAGCCAUCUCUCCAACUCGCGAUCACGUUCUCCUCGGUGGUGGGCAAGAAGCGCAUGAAGUUACGACAACCGCUGUUGGACAGGGUAAAUUCGAUGCCCGAUUCUAUCACUUGAUAUAUCAAGAAGAAUUCGGUCGCGUCAAAGGCCAUUUCGGUCCAAUCAACAGUGUGUCUUUCACUCCUGAUGGGAAUGGGUUCGCCACUGGCGGUGAAGAAGGCUACGUCCGGUUGCACCAAUUCGAUCCAGAAUAUGCGGAUUUGGAUUAA